CGCGCUUCAACGCGGCAGUGCGGCACUUGACGGCACUCGUGGCAGCCGACUGUGGCUCGUUCAUUAAACGUGAUAUAUCGUAUGGAUCUGUCACGGCUUUCUAUUAAACCAUCGACGAUUGUAAACUUCUUGGAAAGUGUACAAAUCAAUCAAUACGAAGUUUGCUCGUUGGCGGAAGAGCGAGCGAUGUGAUGUGGAAUCAACGUCGACUGGGACCGGGGCCACAAACAGCCGGCUAGGUUAAGUGUGACGUUAAGAAAAAAUUACAAGAUGAACAGGUAUAAACACAAUGUAAUAAACAAGAGAAAGUAAGAACAAGAGUCGAGAUGAGCUGUUCUGUGGAACUACGUCAGCGUAGGCAAUCGGGGAUGGCGGAGGAUCCUCAUAAACUGGCGGCGAUGAUGAAUAAAUCUCAAAGACUCAUUUUGGGACUUUUAAUUCUAUUGCUGGUCGACAUAAUUUGGGUGUCCAGUUCCGAACUUACCAAAUAUAUUUACAGAGAUGAAACGUUCGAGAAGCCAUUUUUUAGUACAUAUAUAAGAACAUCUAUGUUUACACUUUAUUUGCUUGGUCUGUGCUUUUGGCCACCUUGGCGAGAACAAUGUAAUAAACCUGCGACAUACAUGUUUAUAGACCCUAAUGUCGAAGACGACAACUUUUAUUCGGAGGCUAAUACGAGUUUAAGUGAUCCAACGUUUGUUCCAAUAAAAACUCCGGAUCAUUGCGAUCGAUCAUCGGGUACGGAAAGCGACGAUUCGUCUAUUCGUUCUGUGAGAUUUAGUAAACUGGCGGAAGUACGUCAUAUGUCAGAGAGCGAUGCCACCGAGGCUCUAUUGGCGCGACUUAGUUAUCAAGCUAGUGUUAGAGCUGGAGAACAUGCAAGACGACAAGCUAAUAAAUUUUCCAUACAAAAAAUAGCUAAAAUAGCUCUUAUGUUUUGCUUAUUUUGGUUUAUGGCAAAUUACACAUACCAGAUAUCAUUGGAGCAAACCCAAACAGCAAUCGUUACUGUAUUGUCUUCAACGUCUAGUUUAUUUACUUUACUUCUCGCUGCCUCUUUUCCCAGUAACGGAGGGGAUAAAUUUACAUUAUCCAAAUUAGCUACUGUAGUAGUUAGCAUCUUUGGACUGGUAUUAGUCGGUAUUUCGGAUUUAACUAUAGAAAAUAAUAAUAUAUCAACGGGCAUAAUAUUAGCUCUAGUCAGUGCUUUUUUCUAUGCGGCAUAUAUUGUAUUUUUAAAAAGGAAAGUAGAUCACGAAGACAAGAUGGAUAUACCAAUGUUCUUUGGCUUUGUGGGAAUAUUCAAUUUAACACUUCUGUGGCCUUUAUUUUUUAUUCUUCAUUAUAGUCAUUGGGAAGAAUUUGAAUGGCCCAAUAGCCAUCAGUGGACAUUCUUAAUUAUAAAUGGUCUAAUUGGUACUGUUCUGAGCGAAGUUCUUUGGCUAUGGGGUUGUUUUCUGACAUCAUCUCUCGUAGCAACGAUGGCUGUAAGCUUAACAAUGCCCAUGUCAAUGGUAGCCGAUGUCCUUUUGAAGAAGGUUGAAUACCCUUGUAUUUUCUACUUAGGAAGUAUUCCAAUGCUUUUAGCAUUUUUGACAGUAUCUCUUUUAUCUUAUUAUGACAAUUGGGAUCCUGUUAUGGAUUUGAUAAAAAGGUUUUUCAUCUGGAUAUGCAGAAGAAAUAACAGAUCUACAAGGAUACCAGAUCUUGAAGCAGAGCAAACGGAAUCUUUAAUAGGAAUAGACAGUGGCGAUCAUGAAGCAUAAUAAGACAAUAAUGAGAGAAUUGAGAAUACGCUACAUUUCGUAUUACAUUAUCAUCGAUGUAAUAGAAACUUUUUCAUUUAAAUUGUCAUUUUAGUCGUUUUUAUCUUAUGGUGAAAUAACGAUAAUCUUACUUUCCCCGAAUAUAUCGCUUUAUUUUCAUACUAAACAUUACAGAUAAAUAAUGUUACUGCCGGACAAUAACGCCGAACAAUUUGCGAGUCAAUUUACGACAAAUGCAAAUGAUAAGCUUUAUUUGUUCGUGCUCAUUAUACAUUUCUGAUAACUACCUCUUUAUAUUUCUUACCAAUUUAUCUUGCAAACGCAAAUAUAGCUUUCACAAACUGUUACUAAAAUCUGGUACAUAUAUGAUUACAUACAUAAUUACUAAUUCGAGACUAUUAAAUUUGUGAUUUUGGAUCCUAUAUGCUAUACUAUAUCCUGUAAUUAAGUUCACAAAAAAACAAGAAAUUCAGUGUUUUUACCGAAAUCUGUAUAUACUAUGUAAUAAGAGUUGAUGAAAAUCAAAGAAAUAUUCAUUUAUAAGACUACUUUUCACUAAACAGUAAUAUUUUUUAUGCUAUUAAGGCUUUAUAUCAUGUUAAUAAUUAAUGAAUAAAUAACGCACUCUCUGCUACAUGUUGAAAGUUUAAAAGGUUUUCAUAACGGGGCACACAUACACACAUCCAGUGCGUUCUGUACUUAUUGUUUUUAGUAUUUGGCUGAUUUUAGACAAAGUAUUAUAAAUGAGAGAUAUAGUUUUAAUAAGCAAGAGUUGUAUAUGUGUACAUAUAUAAGGAGAGUGCUAAUGCUUUGGACCAAUUAAUAAAUUGAGGGUAGUAAUACG